UUCCUGCCUUAUAUAAGACUGCGGUGUGGACCAGGCUUUCCCAGAGUUCCAUGUCUGGUCCAGACUGGAGCUCGGGGCUAAUCGGACUGGAUUUCAACGAGUUCCACGCCGCGGCCAGUCUGCAGAGCUAAGAUGGAGAGAUACAGAUGGGCUGGGAUGAUCUGGACCUGCCUCAUUCACGUAACGGGGUGGGCUGUACUACCAUGGACUCCAGGGGUGGAGGGUGGCACAUCGGCGGGCCGCUGUAGCCUGUUCGGUCGUUACCACAUCCACACUUUUGACGGCGUGCUGUACGACUUCCCCGGCGACUGUAGCUACAUGCUGGCAGGCGACUGCAGCAAUCGCGGCUUCACCCUGUUGGGUGAUUUCCGGCACGGGGACAGGAAAGGCGUUUCCCUGUAUCUGGGAGAGUUUUACGAGCUUCACAUGACUGCAGACGGCAGAUUGACCCAAGGGGAGAGCAGGCUCUCGCUGCCAUAUGCCUCAAAAACCAUCUUCGCCGGUGCUGAGCUGGGCUACUACAAACUAUGGAGCGAGGAGUUCGGGUUCACGGUGAAGAUCGACUCCGCUGGCAAUGUGGACGUGACGCUGUCUAAGCAGCUAUUCAACCGGACCUGUGGCCUGUGCGGCAAUUUUAACGCCAUACCUGAGGAUGACUACAUGGCUCAGGAAGGAUUCCUUACUGAGAGCAGCUACGACUUCGCCAACUCUUGGGCCAUGCAUGGAACCGGGGAGUCCUGCCGACGCGUCUCUCCGCCCAGCAAGACUUGCAAUACAUCCAGCAGCACCGCGGACAUGAUGAGCAGGUGCAACUUACUGCGCAGCUCUGGCUCGUUCCUGCGCUGUGGCCACCUGGUGGACCCCGAGGCCUUUGCCUUGCUGUGCGAGGAGGAUGCGUGCCACUGCGACGGAAAUCCCAGCUGCCAUUGCCAAGCCCUGCUGGAGUACGCCAGGACCUGCGCUUCCCACGGCAUCUUCCUCCAUGCCUGGCAGGCCGAUAGCCAGUGUGCCCCUAGGUGCCCGGUGGGGAUGCAGUACAGCGAAUGUGCCAAACCCUGUGCUUCCACCUGCCAGAGCCUCAACAUCCAUGAAGUAUGCAAGGAGGAGUGCAUUGAUGGCUGCACCUGCCCAGUGGGGAAGGUUUUGGAUGGUACCCGCUGUGUGCCUGUUUCUCAGUGCUCCUGCAUGCACAAGGGCAGACGCUACCCCCCUGGGUCCAGCAUCCCUCAGGACUGCAACACCUGCGUCUGUCGCCAUGGGUCCUGGGAGUGCACCAACGAAGGCUGCCCAGGGGAGUGCUUGGUCACUGGCCAGUCCCACUUCAAGACAUUCGACAACAAGUUCUUCACUUUCAGUGGGACCUGUCAGUACCUUUUGGCCAAAGACUGUCAGGACAACCUGUUUUCGGCCGUCAUUGAAACGGUGCAGUGUGCCGACGACCAGGAUGCAGUUUGCACGCGCUCGGCGGUCUUGCGCUUCCACUUGCUCGCCAACUCGACGGUGAAGCUGAAGCACGGAGGUGUGGUCGCCGUGGACGGCAUGGAUGUCCAGCUGCCCCUGCUUCACGGACUUCUCCGCAUACAGAGGACAGUGCUGUCCGCAGUGCGCCUGACUUAUGGGGACGAUUUCCAGAUGGACUGGGAUGGCCGGGGCGAGAUCCUGCUCAAGUUGGGACCCGUGUUUGCGGGUAAGACAUGUGGCCUCUGCGGGAACUACAACGGAAACCAGGGUGACGACUUUCUGACCACCAGUGGGCUCGUGGAGACGCAGGUGGUCGGCUUCGGAAACUCCUGGAAAACGAGCGGAGACUGCAACAAUGUUGCCAAGCAGGACGUUGACCCCUGCAUCCUCAACCCCAAGAGAGUCCGCUCUGCAGAGGAGGCCUGCACGGUGCUGCUCUCCAUCCAAUUCGAGCCGUGCCACGACGAGGUGACCCCCGUGCCCUUCCUGCGGAACUGCCGCUUCGACGUCUGCUCCUGCACCGACGGCCAGGAGUGCCUCUGCUCCGCCGUGGGCAGCUACGCCGCCGCCUGCGCCAGGAAGGGAGUCUUAGUCAACUGGAGGAGCCCCAAGUUCUGCGCCAUGCACUGCCCUCAGGGCCAGGUGUACGAGCAGUGCGGGAGCCCCUGUAACCAGACCUGCCGCUCCAUCUCUUUCCCGGACUCCGAAUGCCGGGAAUUGUGCAUGGAAGGCUGCUACUGCCCCCGGGGGCUGUUCCUGAACGACGUGGGCGAGUGCGUCCCCCGCACCCGCUGCCCCUGCCACUACGACGGCGAGAUCUUCCAGCCCAACGACGUCCUGUCCAGCCACCAGAGCAUCUGCUACUGUGAGGACGGAGCGAUGCGCUGCAGCUCCAGCCACAUGUCAACGGCCAUGCUGUCGGACCUCUUCUUUGAAGAUCUCCCACCAGCCAGGGCACGGCGGUCCGUCACCUGCCAGCCGCCCCUGGAGAAUCUGCGCUGCGCCAGCCCCCAGGACCAGGGCAUUGAAUGUGCCAAGACCUGCCAGACGUACGAUCUGGAGUGUGUGAGCCAGGGCUGUGUCUCGGGCUGCACCUGCCCCCCCGGGACGGUCCGGCACAAAAAUACAUGUAUUCCUCCGGACCAGUGCCCCUGUUUCCAUAACAACAAGCCAUACAAGUCAGGCCAAACAAUCACCAUGGGCUGUAAUACCUGCGUGUGUAACAACCGUAAAUGGGAAUGCACUCAGAAAGUGUGCGAUGCGUCCUGCAAGACUGUCGGGGAGUCCCACUACAUCACCUUCGACGGGCUGAAAUUCACCUUCCCCGGGCUCUGCCAGUAUGUACUGGUCCAGGAUUUCUGUGGUGACAGUCAUGGUACCUUCCGGGUGCUGGUGGAGAACACAGCAUGCGGGGUGACAGGACAUAAGUGCGGCAAGUCGGUCAUCGUGCUGUACAAGGGGGGCCUGAUUGCCUUGGAGCACGGCGAGGUGACGAUGAAGAAGCCGGUGCUGAAGGAGACGGAGGUGGAGAUUGUGCGUUCGGGCCUCUACUACAUACUGCUCCUGGGCAAGGACAUCAUGAUUACCUGGGACCAGGGGACCAGACUGGUGGUGCAGAUCAAGGGCCACUACAGGGAGAAAGUCUGUGGCCUGUGUGGGAAUUUCGAUGGCAACCAGAACAACGACCUCAUAAGCAGUAACAACCAGCUGGAGGUGGUAGCUGCGGAUUUCGGCAACUCCUGGAAGGUGAAGCCAAGCUGCGCAGAUGCAGUUCCGUUGCCGUCUCAGUGCAGUGACAACAUUGGGAAGUUGGUGAACGUGGAGCAGUCCUGCGGCCUGCUGACUGGCGAGCUCUUCGCAGAAUGCAAUGACCUGGUGGAUCCGGAGCCCUACUGGGAGAUCUGCAUCCAUGACACCUGCUCGUGCUCUUCGGUCGGGGACUGUUCGUGCUUCUGCGACGCCAUCGCCUCCUAUGCCCAUGAGUGCGCCCAGAGGGGGUUGAAGGUACACUGGAGGUCCAACGACCUUUGCCCCUUGAGCUGCCAGGACCUGAACAAGGCGGAACCAGAGUUUGAGUGUGAAUGGAGGUACAACACCUGCGCCAGUGCCUGUCCCAUAACCUGCCAGCACCCAGAGCCGCUGGACUGUCCCCAGGGAUGCCUGGAGGGCUGCCAUGCUUUCUGCCCUACAGGGAAGAUCUUCGAUGAGGUGGCCAUGAGGUGCGUGAGCCCCACAGAGUGCCAGGUGUGCAUGCAUGAAGGCCAACGCAUAUCUCAUGGCAAGAGGGUCAUCUUCAACCAUGACAGGGCGGAGCUUUGCCAGAUCUGUCAUUGCGAGAACAACAACCUAACCUGUGAGAUGUGCCCUGCGGAAUUACCAAGCACCGUGGCCCCCACCUCGCCCUUGACCACCCCCACCUCGCUGCCCUUCUCCACGGCCGUCCCAGAGGGUACCUGCGACCGUGCCAUGGACCUGGCCUUCCUGGUGGAUGGCUCCUCCGCAUUGACAGAGGAGGACUUCGGGGCAGUGAAGCGCUUCAUCCUGACUGUGGUGGAGCGCUUCCGGAUGGGCUCGGCGCACACACGCGCUACCGUCCUGCUCUUCCACUCAGGUGUGAAGAGUUACGAGAUGCAGGUACAGAAGUGGAUCUUCCGCAAGAUGGUGCAAGAGAUGAAGUACAGUGGUGGCAGCAUUGCCUUCAUGGACGAGGCCAUCAAGUACCUGUCGGUCUACAUCUACGACAAGGAUAAGCGUGUGUACGCGGGCCGCGUGGCCGUCCUGCUUACCGCCAGCCCCAACCCCCGGCCAAUGAGGUCUAUCCAACGUCUACUGAAGAAGAAAGACAUCACCACCCUUGCUGUAGCCAUUGGCCCCAAAGUCAACAUGAUGCAGAUCAAUGAGAUCACAAAGGCCAACCCUGACAGCAGGGCCUACAUCCUUAGCAGUGCUGAAGAGCUAGAUGACAGGAUCGUUGAGGUCACAGACUAUCUGUGCACCUUGGGUCUGGAACCAGAGGUUCCUAAGCCUAAGCCCACACAAGCCAUUGUUGUGCCGGUGAACCCAGUCACGUCUGGAACUGACUGGCUUGUAACUCCAACCGAGAAGGUUCUGACACCCACCACUGCUGCAACCUUGCCCGUCAACCAGCUCUCCACAACUCAGCUGUCCACGUGGGCUAUGAAAGAUAUUACCUUUGUCAUUGAGGGCUCGGACAAUGUUGGAGAGACCGACUUCAACAAGACCAAGGAAUUCCUGGAGAGUAUCAUCACAGAGCUAUCGGUGCGAGAGGAGUACGUCCGCUUCACUGUAGUUCAGUACUCACUUACCAUCACAGUGGAGAUCACGAGGAUGGACUUGCGGCAACGACAACAAGCACUGGAGAAGAUCCGGAAGAUCCGCUGGAGAGGCGGGUCGGCCACCAACACCGGCACUGCCCUGCGCACCGUGACCCAAACCACCUCCGCUCAGAUGCAGCCCUCCUCAGAGCAGAAACUCAACAUGGUGUUCAUGGUUACCAGUAACCCACCUACAGACCAGAUCCAGCGACACACUGAGCUGUCCAAUACAGUGAUUUACCCAAUUGGGGUGGGGCCCAAGAUCCGGGAGGUGGACUUAGAACCCUUCAGCUUCCCCCAGAAACCCAUCAUGGUUGACAGCUACAACAGCCUGAACUCCAUCGUGAACCAAGUGGUGAACAUCACUCAGUACACCAGAAUAACACAAAGCCCUACUCUUUCUCCCAGGGAACCAACGCUAGCUCCCAGACCUACACUUCCAACUUCAGUUCCAUGUGACAAACCCAUGGAUAUCAUGUUCCUGCUGAAGGAGAGUUUUGACGGAGCACCAGACCAGUUUGAGGACUUCAGGACAUUUGUCAAAACAUUCAUCAGCAGUGCUAACAUUGGCCCAAAACACACACAGGUGUCAGUUAUCCAGUAUGGCUCCAGAAUUACUGAAGAGGUACCCUGGCAUGCUAAGCAGAGCCGAGAUGACCUGCUCCACCUAGUGGACACUAUGAAGAAGAGGAAAGCUUCACCUGCUGCAUUGGGUGCUGCCCUUCGCUUUGCCGUCCAGAAUGCCAUCUCGUCCUCCACCGGGGGGCGCCCUGGAGUGGUCAAGAUCGUGGUGAUGCUGGUGACGGACAGGUCGACCGAUUCCGUCAUGGAGGCGGCCAACGAAGCCAUGACUGCUGGAGUGUCCGUGUUCCCUAUUGGCGUCGGUUCCCGGUAUGACCGCACCCAGCUGGACGGUCUGUCUGGGUACGGCAUGCAGGAUAACGCCAUGCAUCUCAGCAGCGUGGAGGACCUGCAGGUCAUGGCCGCCCUGGGCCACACCUUCAUCGACAAGCUCUGUAGAGCUGGUCCCCCGGGGGUGUGCGUGGAUGACAACGGGAAUCAGAGAAAGCCUGGGGACACCUGGGUCCUGGCCGACCAGUGCCACAGUCUGCUGUGUCACCCCAAUGGGGCUGUUACAGUCCAAAGUCACCGAGUAAACUGUGAGCGCCUGGAGAAGCCGGUAUGCAAGAACAAUCUGCACAGCGUCAAGGUGUCAGAACCCUGCGGCUGCCGUUGGGCCUGCCCCUGCAUCUGCAUAGGAAGCUCAACCAAUCACGUGGUGACGUUCGACGGGUUAACCCUGAAGCUUGAAGGGUUCUGCUCCUACAGUUUGCUCCGAGUCGACGGACCCACCAGGGUGGAGGUUCUGCUGCACAAUGGGCCCUGCCAGACCUCCCCUAACCAGAUCUGCAUGAAAACCAUGGAGGUUAAGAGUGGAGACCUGGUUGUGUUGCUGAAGGAUGAUAUGAUGGUUACCGUCAAUGGGCUCCCAGUCACCGUUCCUCUGAGGACUCAGGGGGUGGAGGUGACCCAGUACGGGGCCGUGAUGCACCAGCUGAGAUUGGAGGCUCUGGACUAUGUGGUUGCGUUCACGCCUCGAAGCAACGAGUUCACCAUCCAGCUGAGUCCCACCACGCUGACCAACAAUACCUAUGGGCUUUGUGGUCACUGCGACCAGGAUGAACAGAACGACCUAAUUCUCCGUGACGGGACACUAACGACAGACGCCACGGCAUUCGUUCGGGAGUGGACCCUCCCCGGAGCUGACGGGAGCCCUUGCCAGCCGCGUCGGAGCGAGCUGUGCACCCACCCCGCCACCAGCAGCUGCCAGGCCCUGCGUUCCGACACCUUUGCGGCCUGCCACGCCUCCGUGCCGCCGAUACCCUUCCUGGAGCUGUGCCAGCAGAAUGCCUGCCACGGUGACGAGGUGUGCGACCUGGUGUCCGCCUACGCACGCCUCUGCCGCAUGCAGGGCAUCUGCAUCAACUGGAGGAGCAGCGACUUCUGUCCCAUGCCUUGCCCCAGCACCAUGGUAUUCGAAAGCUGCCGCACCGGCUGUACGGAAGAGUGCCGCAUCACAGCCGGCGACAGGAACCGCAAUGGCUCCCUGUGCACGGAUUCGCCCAUGGAGGGCUGCUUCUGUCCCCCAGGACUGGUGCUGCAUGAGGGGGUGUGCGCCAGUCCGGAAGUAUGCACUCAAUGCCUGGAUUCGCGAGGACAGUCUCACCGGUUCCUGGAUACCUGGAUUUCUCCUGAUAACUCCUGUCAGAUAUGCAUGUGUCUGUCCAACCAGCAGAUAAACUGCACUGCUCAGCCCUGUAACCGCAAGACACCUCCUGUGUGUGCCCCCUGCGAGGUCCUGAGAGAAAUAAAGGAGUCGCACUGCUGUCCGGAGUAUGAGUGCGUGUGUGAUUUGGUCACCUGUGACCUGCCCCAAGUCCCCCGCUGUGAAGAUGGCUUGAGUGUGGUCCUCAGCAACCCUGGUGAAUGCCAGCCCAUCUAUGAUUGCGCCUGUAAGAGGGAGGCGUGUCCCCAGCAGGCUCCACCUCUCUGCCCCCCCCACCGGUUGCUGACGACGAAGCCCACGGAGUGCUGUGAGACCUACGGGUGCGCCUGCAACUGCCGCAACUCUACCCGCACCUGUCCGCCAGGGUAUAUCACCUCCUCGGUCACCAAUGACUGUGACUGCACCGAAGUCACCUGCCUCGCCGACAAGGUGUGUGUGGUGUCAGGGGUGGUGUACCAGGUGGGUAAUCAUUGGGAGGAAGCCUGUAAGACGUGCCACUGUACCGAACACCGUGAUGGGGUCACGGGCCUGCACCUCGCUGAGUGUACAGACAAGGUCUGCAACCAGAUCUGCCCGCUGGGCAGCAGCUACUCCCACAAGGAGGGUGAGUGCUGCGGAACAUGCCGGAAAUCCAGCUGCCUGGAAGAAACCCGAGGGAGUCCUAUGGGUGACAUGGUCUCCGGUGGCCGACUGCGUAUGGUGGGGGAAACAUGGCACUCACAUUGGAACAGGUGCGUCAUCAAUGAGUGCGUCAAGGUCAACGACGAGGUGUUCAUCUCGCGGUCCAAUGUGUCCUGCCUUGAGAUGGACAUCCCCCACUGCCCGCUGGGCACAGAGCUACAUUGCAGCACAGGCGAAUGCUGCCCCUCCUGUCACUGCGUGCCUCAGGACGUGUGUGUGAUGAAUCACACUGUUAUCGGGGUUGGUGAGGAGGUCAUGGUGGAUCUGUGCACACGUUGUCAGUGCUCAUCCGAACCAGGAGUUCUGAAGAAGUUCCAUCUCUCCUGCAGGAAGAUGACAUGUUCAUCUUGUCCUGAGGGCUUCACCAAGGAGACAGUCCCAGACUCGUGCUGCGGUCGCUGUGUAGCCACAUCCUGCUCCGUCAGGCGCCUCGGUGGCAUCGCCAUGAGCCUCAAGGCCAACGAGACCUACGAAGACGGCUGCACCCUCUACUCCUGCCGCCAGAACCGCAACGGAGGGCUGGUCCUUGAGACGCAGAUCACCAGAUGCCCCGCCUUCGAUCGGGCUCGCUGUCUGGAAGAGGGGGGGAAAAUCGGCAAGAUUGGGGACACGUGCUGCGAGACGUGCACAGAACCGGAAUGCAGGAAAACCACUGGAGUCCUGAACUACAUUAAAGUGGACGAUUGUCUGUUUGAGGAUCGACUGCAGCUGCACUACUGCGAGGGCAAGUGCCAGAGCAAGUCUAUGUUCUCCCUGGAGCGGGAUGUGGUGGAGAACCAGUGUGUGUGCUGCUCGACGCUGGCGACAGAAGCCCUCAGCAUCUCCCUGCACUGCCCCAACGGCACCGUCAUCCAGCACCGGGUUCUAUCUGCCACCGCGUGUGACUGUGUGGCCCAGCGCUGCCCAGACCACUGAGGAGACGAAGAGGAGGACUGGCAGAUGGGGGAGAAGUAGCCAGAUAGCAGGGACCGCUAACAUCUGACACUGUCGGUGUCCACUGGUCCACGCGGACAUAAAGAUAUAGUUAUGGGGCUACAUUUAUAAUCCCAUUCUGAUUUAUUCCACUGUACUUCAUGUUGUAUCUUGCCAUAUUGAUAAAAUAUUAAUUUCAAAAAAAGACAGCUUCAAGCACAUGGAACCACAUACCACGUAUUAGUCACACUUAUCGAUCCUGUAAACCAAAGGGAGCAAGUAGCGAUGUGAUUUUUGCUUGUAAAUAUUCCAAAGAGUAGGUAUUGGGAUGCUGUUCGCGAUUAAACCAUGAUUUCCUGA